GAGCAUUUUGGCUGUGCUUUUAAAUUCCCUUUUCUUCUAUUCUUUUCAAGUUCUUCAAUCCUUUAAACACACCAUCAUUUUUGGAUCUCCCUUUACUACACACACCAUUCCCAUUCAUUCAACUCAGAUUCCUCUGUUUCUGUCAAAAACACUCCAUUGUUUCUGUUCCCAAAUUUGAUGAUCAAAUAGAGACAUAUAUCUGAAUCAACCAUGGGGACUCCGGUGAAUAUCAUUGUCGGAUCACAUGUUUGGGUUGGGGAUCCUGAGGAUGCUUGGGUUGAUGGUCAAGUUACAGAAAUUAAUGGCAAAAAUGCCACCAUAAUCACCACCAAUGAAAAAACUAUUGUUGCAGAAAUUUCGAGCAUAUAUCCGAAAGACACGGAGGCGCCGCCGGCUGGGGUUGACGACAUGACGAAAUUGGCGUACCUCCAUGAACCGGGAGUUCUGCACAAUCUAGCUUGUCGGUUUUCUCUCAAUGAGAUAUAUACUUACACCGGGAACAUUCUAAUAGCGGUAAAUCCUUUCCGGAGACUGCCUCAUUUGUAUGAUAUUCACAUGAUGGAACAGUACAAAGGAGCUGCUUUCGGCGAGCUUAGUCCACAUCUUUUCGCUGUUGCAGAUGCUUGCUACAGAUCAAUGAUCAAUGAGCAAGGAAGUCAAUCCAUUUUAGUGAGUGGAGAGAGUGGUGCUGGUAAAACUGAGACAACAAAGAUGCUUAUGAGAUACCUUGCAUUUAUGGGAGGCAGAUCAAAUACUGAAGGAAGAACAGUCGAGCAACAGGUUUUGGAGUCCAACCCUGUACUAGAAGCAUUUGGAAAUGCCAAAACUGUCAAAAACAACAACUCAAGUCGUUUUGGUAAAUUUGUAGAAAUCCAAUUUGAUAAGAACUGGAAGAUCUCCGGAGCUGCCAUUCGAACAUACCUUCUUGAACGGUCAAGAGUUUGCCAAGUCUCAGAUCCUGAGAGGAACUACCAUUGUUUUUAUAUGCUCUGCGCUGCACCACCAGAAGAUGUCAAGAAAUACAAGUUAGGAGACCCAAGGUCAUUCCAUUACCUUAACCAAACAAAUUGUUAUGAAGUUGCGAAUGUUGAUGAUUCAAGAGAGUACUUGGAGACAAGAAAUGCCAUGGAUGUUGUAGGAAUCAGCCAGGAUGAACAGGAUGCUAUAUUUCGUGUUGUAGCUGCAAUACUGCAUCUUGGAAACAUUGACUUCAUGAAAGGGAAGGAAGUUGACUCCUCCAAAGUGAAAGAUGAGAAAUCAAAUUAUCAUCUUCAAACAGCAGCAGAGCUACUCAUGUGUGAUGUAAAGGCACUGGAAGAUUCCCUCUGCCAGCGUGUCAUAGUGACACCUGAUGGAAACAUUACUAAGCCCCUGGACCCAGAUUCAGCAGUCUUGAGUCGUGAUGCAUUGGCAAAAACUGUAUAUUCUAGGCUGUUUGAUUGGAUUGUGGACAAAAUUAAUAGUUCAAUUGGCCAAGAUCCUAAUGCAGCGAGCUUAAUUGGUGUCCUCGAUAUUUAUGGAUUUGAAAGCUUCAAGAUCAACAGUUUUGAGCAGCUCUGUAUCAACCUGACCAAUGAGAAGCUGCAGCAGCAUUUUAAUCAGCAUGUUUUUAAAAUGGAGCAAGAGGAGUACACGAAGGAAGAAAUAAACUGGAGCUAUGUUGAGUUUGUAGAUAAUCAGGACGUCCUUGAUCUUAUCGAGAAGAAACCUGGAGGUAUAAUUGCCCUGCUUGAUGAAGCCUGUAUGUUCCCGAAGUCCACGCAUGAAACAUUUGCUCAAAAGAUGUAUCAGACAUACAAAGCGCAUAAGCGGUUCAGCAAGCCAAAACUUGCUCGAACAGAUUUCACAAUAAACCAUUAUGCUGGAGAUGUUACAUACCAAGCAGAUCAAUUUCUAGAUAAAAACAAGGACUAUGUUGUAGCAGAACAUCAGGCUCUUCUGAAUGCCUCACAAUGCUCUUUUGUUGCCAAUCUUUUCCCUCCACUUCCUGAGGAGAGCUCAAAGCAAUCCAAGUUUUCCUCUAUUGGUACUCGGUUCAAGCAACAACUACAAGCUCUCAUGGAAACAUUGAAUACCACAGAACCACAUUAUAUUAGAUGUGUAAAACCCAACACAGUCUUGAAACCUGGAAUCUUUGAGAACUUCAAUGUGUUGAACCAAUUGAGGUGUGGGGGAGUGCUCGAGGCGAUUAGAAUAAGCUGUGCAGGAUAUCCAACAAAAAGAACAUUUGAUGAGUUCCUUGAUCGUUUUGGAAUGCUUGCUCCAGAUAUUUUGGAUGGAUCUGAUGAAAAAUCACCCUGCAUUGCAAUAUGCGACAGAAUGGGCUUAAAGGGUUAUCAGAUUGGAAAAACGAAAGUGUUUCUUAGAGCUGGACAAAUGGCUGAGUUGGAUGCUCGACGAACUGAAAUAUUGGCCAAUGCUGUCAGACGCAUCCAACGGCAAAUCCGUACCCAUCUAACUAGAAAAGAGUUUAUCUCCUUGAGGAGAGCUACAAUUCAUCUGCAGAAACUUUGGAGAGCACAACUUGCUCGUCAGCUGUAUGAGCAGAUGAGGAGAGAAGCAGCUUCAAUCCGUAUACAGAAGCAUGCACGUGGUCACGCAGCUAGUAAAUCUUACAAAAAGUUACUUGCAUCUGCAAUAGUUAUUCAAACUGGUAUGCGAGCAAUGGCAGCAAGAAACGAAUAUAGACACAGAAGAAGAACAAAGGCAGCUAUCAUUGUUCAGACUGAAUGGCGAAGGGCAUCAGCUAUUUCAGCUUACAAACAGCAGCAGAAGGCAACUCUUUCUCUUCAAUGCCUCUGGCGUGCUAGAAUUGCAAGAAAGGAGCUUAAAAAAUUAAAGAUGGCUGCAAGAGAAACAGGGGCACUGAAGGAGGCUAAGGACAAAUUGGAGAAGCGCGUCGAGGAGCUAACAUGGCGCCUAGAAUUUGAGAAGCACUUGAGGAUGGAUGUUGAAGAAGCCAAGGGGCAAGAGGUUGCAAAGUUACAAAGUGCUUUGGAAGAAAUGCAAGGGCAGCUUGAUGAAGCCAAUGCUGCAAUCAUACGCGAGAGAGAAGCGGCAAAGUUGGCCAUAGAACAAGCUCCACCAGUCAUUAAGGAAGUACCUGUGGUUGAUGAGACCAAGCUAAAAUUACUGAGCAAUCACAAUGAAGAACUUGAGGUUGAGGUUGGAGAGCUGAAGAAGAAAAUUGAGGAAUUUGAAGAAAAGUUUGCUGAAGUGGAAAAUGAGAGUAAAGCAAGACUCAAGGAGGCAGAAGAAGCUCAAUUGAAAGCAAUGCAACUUCAAGAGACUAUUGAGAGAUUGGAAUUAAAUUUGUCUAGCCUCGAGUCUGAGAACCAAGUUCUACGCCAGCAGGCUUUGGUUGCAGCAGACAAUGAAUCCCUCUCUGAAGAACUGCAAACCCUCAAGAGUAAAAUUGGAAGUUUAGAGGCAGAGAAUGAAGUUCUCCGGAACCGGCCAGUUGCUGUUGAGCAUAUGGCUACUCCUGCAGUGAGGCCUGCAGAAAGCACGACGUUAGAUAAUGGGCACCUAGUGGAAGAAGAGAUUAAACCAACCAAGGAACCAUCUAUUGUUCCUGUUCUAGCUAAACAAGGCUCGCUCACAGAAAAGCAACAGGAAAAUCAUGAUGUCCUGCUCAAGUGUCUGGCAGAAGACAAACGUUUUGACAAAGGCAGACCAGUUGCAGCUUGUAUCGUCUACAAGACACUGCUUCAAUGGCGAUCUUUUGAGGCAGAAAAGACAAAUUUAUUUGACAGAAUUAUUCACACAAUCAGAUCUUCUAUAGAGAAUCAAGAAAAUAUCAGUGACCUUGCAUAUUGGCUUUCAACCACCUCUACCCUUCUCUAUCUUCUUCAAAGUUCACUCAAGGCAACUAAUACAAGUACUACAGCUUCACACCGGAACCGAACUUCCCCUGCAUCCUUAUUUGGUCGUAUGGCAUAUGGUCUUCGAUCAGCUUCGGUGGGUAUGGGAAUUUCCAGUGGAUACAGUGGAAUGGUGGGAAAGACAAACAAUCAAUCUAAAGUUGAAGCCAAAUACCCAGCCCUGCUUUUUAAGCAACAUCUGGCAGCUUGCAUUGAAAAGUUGUUUGGGAUGAUACGCGAUAAUUUGAAGAAAGAAAUUAGCCCUUUCUUGCAUCUAUGCAUACAGGCACCGAGAUCAGUGAGGGCCAGAUCAAUAAGAGGGUCAUCUAAAAAUAUCCAUUCAAAUAUUGUUGCAAAACAGCAAGCAUCAAGUAUUCACUGGCAAAGCAUUGUUAAUAAGCUAGAUCAGACCUUGGAUAUAAUGUCUGAAAACCAUGUUCCCUCCAUGAUCAUGAGAAAAAUCUUCUUACAGGUUUUCUCAUUCAUAAAUGUCCAGCUCUUCAAUAGCUUGUUACUGCGACGUGAGUGCUGUUCCUUCAGUAAUGGAGAGUACUUAAAGUUAGGACUGCAGGAGUUGGAGCAAUGGUGUAACAAAGCUACUGAUACAUACUCUGGUUCUUCGUGGGAUGAACUUCAACACAUAAGACAAGCAGUAGGAUUUCUGGUGUUACAUCAGAAGUCCCAGAAAAGUUUGAAUGAGAUCACAGACGAAUUGUGCCCGAUACUGAGCAUCCCACAAAUCUAUCGCAUCGGAACGAUGUUCUGGGACGACAAAUAUGGAACUCAGGGACUAUCACCUGAUCUAAUUGGAAGAAUGAGAGUCCUAUUGGCAGAAGACUCAAUCAACAUCCCAAACAACUCUUUUCUCCUUGAUGUGGAUUCAAGCAUACCAUUUUCAAUAGAAGAAAUAUUCCGGUCCUUUGGCGAGGUUAAUCUGUCCGAUGUCGACCCGCCACCGAUUAUAAGACAGAGAUCAGAUUUCCAUUUUCUACUGCAGCAACUGACUGAAUGAUGAUACUGCAAAACUUCUCUUCUACUUGCCACAAAUUGGAAAGUUGAAGAAAUAUUUUCUGUUUGAUUGGUUUCCCGCAUUGAAUUUUCCCCCUCUUGGUUUUUUUGGGGCGGGAGAGAGUGUUUUCGCGUUAAUUCUUUAUUCGUUUGUUUUAUAUUUGUACAUUAUACGAGUGGUGUGUAUAUUUUUUUGUUUUUCUUGUUUUGGUUCCCAGAAAAAAAAAAGGGGGCAAUUUUGAGUGAGCUUUUUUGUAAGAGACAAAAAAGGGAUUACAUGAUUUUAUUUUUGGUUUCAUAUAUGGAUAAAAAUGAAAAGAAGUUGAAGAAUUGCUUGAAACACA